CGACGAUUACGGGAGACAGCUAGUGGGUCCCUUACAUUUUAUAUACUCUUUCUCCCGUUCUCCGUCUUUCGGCUCGCUUUCUCUGCUCUCUCUAAUGGCGUCGUCGCGGGAGGGGCACUACAGGGGAGUUCGGAAGAGGCCGUGGGGACGAUACGCGGCGGAGAUACGUGACCCGUGGAAGAAGACGAGGGUUUGGUUGGGUACAUUUGACACGCCAGAAGAAGCCGCACUAGCUUACGACGGUGCCGCCAGGUCUCUCCGCGGCGCGAAAGCCAAGACCAACUUCCCUGCUCCCCCCACGGUCACCGGACUUUCCCUCGACCUCAACCUUCCAUCCGAUAACCACCACCAUCACCAUCAUCAUCGGUGGGGUCCUGCUUCAGCUCAUCAUCACCACCACCGUCUCGCCUUUGGCGAGUUUCUGCAGACUGAUGUUGUAAAGGAGAUCAGCUUCGACGGCAACUCCUCCUCCAGCAAGGCGAAUGUCGUUACGGUUGCUAGUGGGCCUCCGGUGACGGAAACCGGAUCCCCAGCGUCAUUUUUCGGUGUUGUACGACGUGGGUUGCCAAUAGAUUUGAAUGAACCUCCUCCCCUGUGGCUGUGAGGAGAGCUGUGACUGACAGAAUGAGGUUCCUGUAGGCAUAUUUUACGGCAUCGUUUUUUCUUGUUUCCCUAACUCCCCUUUAUUCCUUCCCAUAUCGUUAGGUAUCUGCUUCUGUUUUCUGGGUUUUGAGAGCAUAUUGAAAAAGUGAAGAACCUUUGUGUAAAUACAUAUGUUUUCUAUGAAAUAUCAUCUCUUUUCCCCUUUUUUUUUUUCCCUUAUGUUGGAAUUCUU